AUGGACCCUUCUUUAUUUUGGUUUACUGACAAUUACUUGAUGAUCAAACAAGAACUUGAAAGAAAGAGGAUUGAAGACAGAAUCAGAAGCUUCCGGUUCUACACUCCCGAGGACUGCAGAGAAGAGAUGGAUUUGGGGGUGUCAACGAAGCUCAAGCUCUUUGAGGAUCCAUGGAAGAUCAAGAAAACCCUAACAUCAAGCGAUGUGAAUGAACAUCUUUGUCGGCUCUUGUUGCCUGCGGAGGGAGUGGACAAGCAUAUAACCGCGGUGUGGGAUGGAGAGAGGGUGGAGCAAGUUGAGGACAUGGUCGGUGAGAGGGUCGUGGUUUGGGAUUACGACACUGGUUCUGAAUAUGAAUUGGUGUUUAAAAGAUGGCGGACGAGUAAGAGCUUGGUGUUGGUGGAUAAUUGGGUGACUUGGUUCGUGAGGAGAAGGGAGUUGAGGGAUGGAGAUGAAAUCGGGCUUUUUUGGGAUGCUAGCAAUUCAAGGUUCGGUUUUCGUGUUCUUGCUCGGAGGGUUACAGGUUUUUGA